AUGUCCACCAUAGUCGCUCUUUCUGUUCUCGUCGCCGCCGCCAUCUCUGGCGCGCACGCUCAAACUACCACCACCGUCGCUCCCCUCGCUGACCAGACGUAUGCCUACUCGGCGCUGCCGUACCAGGUAGAGCCCAUCGGCGACAUCCGUGGCAACCAGGUUGGCUACAACAGGUGCAAUUCCUCAACGGAGACCCAGGACUCCCUCUGCCAGACCCUCAUCGUCAACACCAUUGAUGACUUCUGUCUGUGGUCCUCCCCCAAGGAGAACGACACCAUCGGUGUAUCCGAGGCGUACGAAGUUGCCUGGUGUGCCAAGCACGGCCACGGUACUCGUAUCAUGCCCGCCGGCACUCUCCAAGGCGUCCAGCACAUCACGACCCCUGAUUAUAUCAUGAUCGUUGGCUUCAUCGACCAGACCCAGGUCAACCUCGCCGCCUCCGACUACGGAGGCGAGCUCGACCCGCACGGUGCUGACGAGCUCGGUAACCCCAUGGGUGGUGUCGUCUACUCGAACCAGUACCCCUCCGGCAACACCGACAACAGCUCACUCAGCCAGGUCAUCGAGUGGAACGAGUUCAUCGGCAACAACCAGUUCUGCAUCAAGAUCUGCAACCCGUCCGAGACGACGCCCACGAACGUCGGGCUGUGCAACAACGUCUACGACGAGGUCGGCAUCUCGUACAACUGCCCGAACUCCGCGCAGAAGGGCGUCUUCGAGGUGUGCGACGGCGACUCGAUGACGCCCAUCGGCCAGUACGUCUCCGACGGCGUCACGACGACCUGGACGCAGCCCUGGUCCGGCACCUGGACCGUCCCCUACACGCCGACCGUCCCCGCGUCGAGCAACUGCCGCACGUACGCGUCCACGGACCUCUACACCAGCAACUCCCUCCCGACGUCGAGCGCCUCCGGCUCGGGCUCUGCUUCCGGUGCGAGCGCGACUGGGAGUGGCGCGAAGGCGAGCGGCUCGGGUGCGUCGGCCUCUGGGUCGUCCGCCGGUGCAUCCGCAACGGGCACGUCUGGCAACUCGAGCGGCGCGCACCACGUCAUCGUGUCCGGCCUCGCGACCGUGCUCGGCGUCGGCGCUGCGCUUGCGUUCCUCGCAUGA